AUGCGCGCCGAGGACUGUCCGAACAGAGGAGUGGACGACAGCCUUUGCUUCAGCGGUGCAGAGAUACCGGAUAUGCCCCCUAAAGUUAUCCGGACGAGUAGGUGAGUGAACACUGGUAUUGGAUGACGUUUACACCUCAAAAACUACACUGCACUGCAAGUGUUAGAAAAUCGGCUGACCAAGAUGGAAAGGCCUGGUUUCAGACUACCUACUCUUGAGGUCGAACUGGCAGGACAGGAAGGGUGGCCCUGGUCCACCGAAGAAGUCAUGUGACCAGAAAUAAAACACUUGAGUCUGAAGAACACCGAUAUUGGAAUAGAUAUAUCAGUUCCUGGUCAUGAACCUGCUUCUUCCCCGAAAGUUGUGAAGAGAUACCAUGUUCUUGUAUUACCUCUCUGCCACACUUUAAGGAGGCUACACAAAGUGAAGGUUCAGUUGUGCAGUUUACGGUGCUUCGAGAUUAUGAAGCAUUUGAAAAUUUGCAAAAGGAUGUGCUUCAGUCCUUUCCAAACCUCAAGUUACCAAGUCUGCCACGAAAAUAUCACUUGUUUACAAGUGAUACUGAUAUAGAAGAACGGCAAAUUGCUUUUGAUUGUCUUCUUAAGGUGUUAUGCAAGGAGAGAGUAAUGUGUACAUCUUCUACAUUUCUACACUUUCUUGGGUUUAAAGAUGAUGCUGAUGUCACUUACCUAAGGAAGAGGGCAGAAUACAUCAAAAGAGAACAGCCUAAAGAAAUCGAAACUAUUGAUAAUCAAAGUGGUGAUACACAACUCUUUACUACUACAAAGAAAGCAGAACUUAUUGAUGAGGAAUAUGCAUCACCUGGUGGUAAUACUACCACUUUCGCUGGUGAUGAUGUGACAUUCGGACCUAAGAAUGAUAGUGGGAAACGAGCAUUUGCUCCAAAAGAUCUCUUUGUUACAGAUAUGCCCUCUGAAGUUGUUAAUAUAGCAGACCACUCCGAGUUACUUGAUAUUUCAGAUACUGUGGAUGAUCUACUUCAAACAAAGAGGUGUGCAGCAGUAGUGACGGAACAACCUGACACUGCCAGUAGUAUCAUAAAUGUGGAGGUUACUGAUGUUAAAAAACAAAAUAUGGAAAGUGGUGAUAUACUUGCAUAUAUUGAGACCAACACUGCAGAAAAUGAAAGUCUUAAUAUCUUUUAAUUACAUGCAUUCUCUGUAUUUAUUUAUUUUUGGUAUAACGUG